AUGGCUGCUGUGUUCGUGCCGCCGUCUCCUCAAACCUCCCUGAACAUGUCGACUCGCCGCCCGCUCGCCAACGUGCCGAAUGCUACCAACUCUCCUCACCGGGCUGGGCUCGUGCCAGCCAAACGAGCAAGAUCCGGUCAAAUCGAGAUUCCCUUUGGUCAGCCACCGCCAAAGAAAGUGGUGAUGGACGCCGUGGAACAAGACCGAAGCCGACUCAUUGUACACCAAGGCACCGAGUCCAAAUUGUUUGCGCGUCGCAGCAACAACGCAAACCCUAGCGCGUUUGAAAAGAAGCUGGUAGCUGCAAAGGAAAAGGAGAGAAUGCCUCAACAGAAGGGUUCUAGAACUGAGAAGCCCUCGGCGGAUACUAUGGACACGAUUCGACAAUGGCAGCGCCACUACCGCAAGGCGUUCCCCCAAUUUGUCUUUUACUUUGACAGUAUCCCCGAGGAUGUUCGCCGCAAAUUCUCGCGCCAAGUUGUUGCCCUUGGAGCUUGUGAGGAGAAAUUCUUCUCUCGUCUCGUUACCCAUGUCGUUACUUCACGUCCCAUUCCCCCGGAAGCUACGGCUACCACGAAUCCGACUGAAGAAUCCACCACCGGGGCAGACGGAGCCAAUGGCGACAACAUGCAGACUGUGAACCCGUCUCUUCUGGAGAAGAAUGCAGACUCCCACUUACACGUCUCGCUAAAGACUGAAGCUCGUCGUGAUCAAGGAAGCAUGGAUGUCUUGCAGAGAGCCCGCCAGAUGGGUAUGAAAAUUUGGGCCCUGGAAAAGUUGCAGCGUAUGAUCACCACGAUCAAUGACAAUGAUAUUGGUGGCCAAAAUGAGAGUGCUUCUCGAAGCAAGAAUGUCGGUGGCAAUACAGCCCAUGGUCGGGGCGAAAACGACCUCUCCCGCGUCCUUCGACAAGAACUCCUCAAUGGACCAUCUGAUCGUGAUCCAUUCGCGUCAAUGGAGAUGGUGAUGUUCAAGGGACCCUUUAUCUAUAUUCACGACAUGAAUGAGAAGACCAAGCCGGUCAUGGUGCGAGAAUACGCCCGGGUAAACAAACGUCAGGACGGUGCCUGGCCCCAAUUCCGAAGUGCGCCUCUAGGCAAGUGCCCAUUCAUUGACGAACCACCAAGCCGGAAGGAAUAUGACCGACACCGGAUACGCCAAGCUCAAAAAGAGAAGAAGGCGGCCAUCCAAAAGGCAGAGGACUCUCGGAGCAAGCCCUCCACGACUGUCCCUACAGAGCGGGCUGUUGAGAAUAAACUCGUUACGGAUCUCUCAAAACCCAAGCGCACAGAAGAUCAGCCUACUGCAAACCCUGUGGAUGUCUUUGCCAAGCCACUCUUCGAAGAUGGGCAUGAACGCAAGAGCUCAGAAAGCUUGAUUCCUCCCCAUUUCCCUCGCACUGGCCCAUUCUAUACAGGACGUGAGCCUGCUGCAUCAGGCGUACAGCCAUCCAAUGUCACUUCCGCCAUCCGCUCCCAGAUGAUCUCAUCUACCGCGGCCGCACCAGGUGCUAAAGCAGGAUUGAGCAAAGAAGUACACGGACUGAAGAGGAAAGUUCUUGAGAAAGGCACUGGCAACAUCGUGGCUGGAUCGAUGGCUGCCCCCCAACGUCCUAGCACUGGAUCUGCCUCGUUCUCUUCUAAGCAGACCGAUUCUCACAAAACGGCGGUUCCUGAGAAGAAUGGCCUUGGAGAUGCUCACCAAAUGGAGGGAGCUGGAACCAAGAGGCGACGGUAUGAACACAAUGAUACCCAACCACAAAAACCCGAACGAAAAAGAGACCCGAAGCCUGGCUAUUGCGAGAACUGCAGGGACAAGUUCGAUGACUUUGAAGAGCACACCAUGACGAGAAAGCACCGCCGGUUCGCCCAGAAUGCGUCCAACUGGGGUGAACUUGACGCCCUUCUGUUCGAGAUUCAACGACCUUUGAAGGAAGAAUACGAAUUUGACGAGUAA